ACAUGAUCAGAUCCCAGUAAACACGCAGCUUGCAGCCGGAGAAGCAUGAACCUACUGAAUUGGGAUCUUACCAGUGACUAUCUAGCGCGAAUACUAACUAAGCCCUGGUCAUGUCUUCAACGAGAAUGCAGUAUUUCGCCCUUUUCUGUCUCGCUUUGACGAUUGUUUGCUUAACGAUCGUUAUGAAGAAAUGGCACUUUGGUCUCAGAGAAGAUUUUGGGGAUCCUGUUUUAAACACAGAUUUCAGUCUGCUGCGCCGUGCAUUGCUUCAGCAGAUCAGAGAGAGGCAGCAGGAGAUCGCUCCACUUUACAACUUCACUGAUCGAUCGUCAGAAAUCCAGUCGGAUUUUUCUAACUCAGACGCUUUGAGAUUGGACAUUGGAUGUAGUGAUCUGAGCGGACUGACGGUGGUGGAGUUUCUUGGCGCUGGUUACACCAAAACGGUGUCGAAAGUCGUUUUACAGCAGGGUUCAGAAGUGGCGUUGAAAACCGUGAACUAUCAGGGGACAGACAUGAGAUCCUGCUUGGACGAUUUCAGGGAUCCUCAGGGAUGCCAGGACCUGGUGUCCUCCAAAAUCAGAAAAGAGAUCAUCUUGCUGCAGAGACUGCAACAUCCGAAUAUUGUGAAGCUGAAAGGUCAGUGCCAGGACAGUGCCCUGGUGGGUGGCAUCAUAGCAGUGCUGGAGCAGGGAACCCCAGUGCAGAUGAUUCAACUCCUACAGAGCCCCUGGGAAGAGCGAUUUCGGGUGUGUCUCGGCUUGGUCAGGCUUCUCCACUACCUUUCUCUUUCACCGCUGGGCUCUGUGGCCUUGCUGGACUUCCAGCCUCGUCAGUUCGUCAUGGUGUCUGGUGAGCUCAAGCUGACCGAUCUGGAUGAUGCCAUUGUAGCAGAGACAGAAUGCAGGACAAGUUCAGAUUGUGUGCUACAGUUUCCACUGCGCAACUUUACCUUCCCAUGCACGGGUAGCGGCGUGUGCCAAGGUCUCAAUGAGAUGAAGAAUCUCUAUAACGCUUACAGAUAUUUCUUCAUCUAUCUGCUGCCUCAUCAGGCUCCAACCGAACUAAAACAUCUGGUGGAUCAAAUAAUGAACACAACAGCGGAUCUAAAACACACUGUUAACAAAACAUUAGAGGCCUUUGAAGAAGUCUUGGAAGUGUAUAAAUCUGGGCUGCAUCUCCAAAACAUGCCUUCAUCUCUAAUCAAAGACUAUGCUGUGCUGAAAGGCAUGGGUACAUCUGGAAACAAGGAAUAUAAUUGCUGGCCAUCCUACAACCAUGAAGGAUGCAUGCUGUCUGUGCACAGUGCGGAAGAGGCCGCCCACAUAUGCAACUCUCACCCACAAUGCACCAGCUUCUGCCUCAACGGUCAAAAGACAUGGACAGGUCGACUUCUUGCCUCGUUCAGAACUGGCUUCAGUCAUCUGGUUCCAGAUGUGAGCUCGACAGUCUACGUGAGGACGGCCAAAGCCUCGGCAGCUACAUUUUAAAAAGGGGAGGAUAAGAGCGAGACAGAAAGAGAGAUGCUGGUUGGGGGUGGAAGGGAGAAGUAUGAAGUGAAUGAACGAGAUGUAUUUAUAAGCAUCACACUAAAAAAGACCAUUUGAUCUGCCUGCCAAUGCAGCGUGCUGCCAAGAGGCAUCUAAAAAGGAUUUCCCUUCAGGUAUAAUUACCUCUCCUUACACAAAAAGAAACACCCAGCCCUCUGUUUUUCCCCUUUACUGUUGUGUUUGUAUGGCACAGUCCAAUGAAAGGAUACCGAGCCUAUUCUAUACAAGCUCUUACGCAGAUUUACUUUGAUGUUAAUGGAGACAGCAGUUCUGUGGUGUUGCGCUGCAUGCUGUUAUGCUUAAACACCGCGUUGCAACAGGCAAGAGAAAGGGCAAAAAAAAAAGUACUGAAAUUACAGCUAAGCUGUAGUUCUGUAAUUGAAUAGCUGUUUAGGAUCACUUCAUAGAUCACUACAGUCCAUUUUCAUCCAGCGGAUGUGAUUUUAGUUGUUCUUUCUAAGAAAGAGACUUUUUUUUUUUUUAUAUCUUUUGAUAUGUUGCUCAAUGUGUUUUUGUGUAAUAAAAUUGUUUUGUUGUGUAA